CUCUCUCUCUCUCUCUCUCUCUCUCUCACACACACACACACACACACACACACACACACACACACACACACACACACACACACACACAGCUUUUUUAAAAAAGGCGUACAUGCUGUUAAUGCGAAAAAUAAUAGUGUAUGGGUGGGACUGAUCUGGGACUGGGAGAACGGGUAACUGCUGCGGGGUAUAAAAUCCUCAACUCAUACAUCAUAUUAAGUAACGUGAGGAAUUACCUGACCCUGUUUCUGCUGCCAUAACCCCUGUUCUGGCUCAACAAAUGUACAAGAGGCUUGUGGUCCUUUAAAAAGCAGAUGCUUGGUGUCCUUUGAGGAGGUGACUGCCUGUCCAAGGAGGAGCGGACUGUGCUGGAUCCAGGCCAAAGGGCUCUGUAGAAAGACGCCUUGCUGCGGAUCUGUGGGAAUGUGGCAUCUCUGGGUAAAAGGCAGGAAAAAAGCAUUAUAUGGAUCCCUUUGUGGUGUCUUUGUAAACAAGCAAGCACAAAGUGGGAAAAGAGACAUCUGGGAAUCAAAGGAGACUUAAAAGGCAGAAGGAAAAUCAAUGAAAGAGGAAAUCCUGUACUUUGCAGGGUGCUGUUAUCGAUGAACUCUGGAUCCCCUAGGAAGACCACUAAGGGAAAAGAAAGGGAAAGUGUUCACUGUGGGAGAAAAUAUUAAAAAGUAAGCCAAAGUAAAAUUGCGGCACCUACAGAGGGGAAAAACUAUAUCAAGGCAUGGAGUGUGAAAAGUGUUUCAGACUCUCACCAGCUUACUUCACAUGAAAGAACCCAUAUAGAACAGAAAGCAUAUGAGUACCUGGAAUGUGGAAAGAGGUUCAGCAUGACCUCUCACCUUACUUUACAUCAAAAAACUCAGACGGGGAGAAAUGAUAUGAAUGCAUGAGUGUGGAAAAAGCUCCAGUCAGAAGGGCCACCUUACUCAACAUAAAUGUACGCAUGCAGAGGAGAAACUGCAUGAAUACAUGUAGUGUGGAAAGUCCGUCCGUAUAAGAACUCAGCUUACUUUAUAUCAAAGAGCCCAUACAGGGAAGAAAAAGUAUAUAUGUAUUGAAUGUGGAAAGAGCGUCACUAUGAGAAAUAAGCUUACUUUACAUCAAAGAAUCCACACAGGAGAAAAACUAUAUAAAUGCAUAGAGUGUGGGAAAAACUUCAGUGGUAGAAGUGUUCUAACUGUACAUCAAAGAAUCCACACAGGAGAAAAACCCUAUAAAUGUGGAGAGUGUGGAAUAAGUUUCAGUCAGAGGCCACACCUUACUUCGCAUCAAAGAACCCACACAGGCGAUAAACCAUAUAAAUGCAUACAGUGUGGGAAAUGUUUCAGUCAGAGCCAAGACCUUCGGCUACAUCACAGAACCCACACAGGGGAGAAGCCAUAUAAGUGUCUGCAGUGUGGAAAGAGUGUCAGUUGUAGUAAAAGUCUAGCUUCCCAUCAAAGAACCCAUACAGGAGAGAAGCCAUUUAAUUGUCUGGAAUGUGGAAAGAGUUUUAGUCACAGUAGUAGCCUUUCUUUACAUCAAAGAACCCACACAGGAGAGAAACCAUAUAUAUGCCUACAGUGUGGAAAACGUUUCAGUCAGAGCCAAAACCUUACUUCUCAUCACAGAACCCACACAGGGGAGAAACCAUAUAAGUGUCUGGAGUGUGGAAAGUGUUUCAGUCACAGUAGUAGCCUUUCUUUUCAUCAAAGAACCCACACAGGAGAGAAACCAUAUAUAUGCCUACAGUGUGGAAAAGGUUUCAGUCUGAGCCAAAGCCUUACUUCACAUCAAAGAACCCACACAGGGGAGAAGCCGUAUAAAUGUCUGGAGUGUGGAAAGUGUUUCAGUCAGAGCUCACAGCUUACUUCACAUCAAAGAACCCACACAGGAGAGAAACCAUAUAAAUGUAUGGAAUGUGGAAAGACCUUUAAAGAAAGCAGCAAACUUACUUUGCAUCAACGAACCCACACAGGAGAGAAACCAUAUAAAUGCAUAGAGUGUGGAAAAAGUUUCAGUCUGAGCCAAAGCCUAAUUUCACAUCACAGAACCCACACAGGGGAGAAGCCAUAUAAGUGUCUGGAGUGUGGAAAGUGUUUCAGUCAGAGCUCACAGCUUACUUCACAUCAGAGAACCCACACAGGAGAGAAACCAUAUAUAUGUAUGGAAUGUGGAAAGACCUUUAAAGAAAGCAGCAAACUUACUUUGCAUCAACGAACCCACACAGGAGAGAAACCAUUUAAAUGCAUAGAGUGUGGAAAAAGUUUCAGUCAGAUCCAAAACCUUACUUCACAUCACAGAACCCACACAGGGGAGAAGCCAUAUAAGUGUCUGGAGUGUGGAAAGUGUUUCAGUCAUAGUAGAAGCUUUUCUUUACAUCAAAGAACCCACACAGGAGAGAAACCACAUAAAUGCAUAGAGUGUGGAAAAAGUUUCAGUCUGAGCCAUCACCUCACUUCACAUCAAAGAACCCACACAGGGGAGAAGCCAUAUAAGUGUCUGGAGUGUGGAAAAAGUUUCAGUCAGAGCCAUCACCUCACUUCACAUCAAAGAACCCACACAGGGGAGAAGCCGUAUAAAUGUAUGGAAUGUGGAAAGACCUUUAAAGAAAACGGCAAACUUACUUUGCAUCAACGAACCCACACAGGAGAGAAACCAUAUGAAUGCAUGGAAUGUGGAAAGAUCUUCAGUGAUAGUAGAAACCUUUCCUCCCAUCAAAGAACCCACACAGGAGAUAAUCCACAUAAGUGUCUGGAGUAACAUCUUACUGCACAUCAAAGAACCCACAGAGGGAACGAUACAAAAAUGUAUGGAGUGUGGAAAGAACUUCUGUCAUAGCAAAAGCAUUAUAGUAGGGCCCCCGCUUUACAGCGCUUUGCUAAUGCGGCUGUCUCAAUUAGAUGCAAUUAGACUAAAGCUCCACUCAUAUGGCGUUUAUUCCACUUUUACAGCGGUUUUCGGGCGUAAUGCACCAUUCUAUUGAUUGAGGUCCACUUUUCUGCGCUUUUUGCUUUUCGGCAGGGGUCUAGAAUGUAACCUGCCAUAUGAGUGGGGCCCUGCUGUACUUGAUAUUAAAUGAAGUGACUGCAUUAUGGCCCUAUCUUCAGAUUAUGUUCCUGGGACAUUAUCCCUGCUCCUGGAAACUGUUGACAUGGACUCUAACAUAAACAGUAAGCAAGGUUCAUUCCUGACUGGCCUGUUUGGCCUUUGUAAUAAAACGAAGACGGGUGUUGCUGUCAGAUAUUAGCUUAUACUAUUUGGGCAGAUGCAAUUCACUAAACCUUGAUGUGGCUAACAUUACUGAAUUACAACCCGCCCUGGAUCUGAUGAUGAAGGAAAGGAAAUAUUAAUAACAAUAUGCUCCUAGUUUCUUUUGCUUGAGUAGACACAGGGACAGAGUUGACUUCUGUGCUUGUUGCAGGGUUUGAUCAUUUUCGUUGUUUCUUUAAAAGAUGAGUUUUAGCUACAUCUGAAAGAGAGUGUGGUGUGGUGAUUAGAGUCAGACUGGAAGCUGGACGACCAGGGUUCAAAUCCCUGCUCUGCCAUGAAGCUCACUAGGUAACUUUGGGCAGGGUUGUUGUGAGGAUAAAAUUGGCAGGGGGAGUGUGAUCUUCCUGUAUGUGAAUGUAAUGUAAAUAUGGUAAGUGCAGGUUUAUUAUAGGAAAUACGAUAAGUGGAGUGAGUGAGAAGGGGGAGUACAUGGGCUGUAGAAUGCUGGAUGUGGAUUGGCUGUGUGUUUGAAUGGCUGAGGGUAUAAAUGAGAGGAUGACAGUUGAGUCAUGGGGGUGUUGGACAAGGUGGUGGGUGUUGUAGAGUUGGUGGGGGUUGAAGAGUUGUGGUGUGGAGAGUAAGAGGUGGCUGUUGAGAGAUUGGAUUGGGAGUUCUGAGGCAAAUAUUAGGAAUAAGGAACAUAAGAGAAACAUAUAUGAAACCAUAUGCUUGUCAAUGAAAUCUAUAAGUAAUCUUGUUAUUCUUAGUGUUAUCAAUAAAUAUUUUCUUGGUUUAC